CCCAUCAGCAGGGGAUCGCGGUCCUGGAGAAGGAGCUGGCCCAGCUGAAGCUGCCAGACAUCUCGGGUGACUUUCGCAUCCGGCACGUGGGCAAGGUGCACUAUGAGAUCUCCAGCUUGGACCUUCGCAGUUUCCACUUGCCGUAUUCAUGGAUUUCCCUGGUCCCCAACGUGGGCCUGCAGGUCGCCAUCUCCAAUGCUUUCGCCGAGGUGGAUGGGAAUUGGCGGGUGAAGAUAUACUUCAUCCGGGACCACGGUGCAUUUGACCUGAAGGUGGAGAAUGUCUAUAUCAAAAUCAACCUGAAGCUGGGCAGCGACGCCUCCGGGAAACCCACCGUUGACACCUCUGACUGCAGCACCCGCAUCUCCAAAGUCCGGGUACACUUUUCGGGCAAGCUUGGAUGGCUUUACAACCUCUUCUAUGGCGCUGUUGAGUCCAGAUUCCGGAAUAUCCUGGAGAGAAAGGUUUGUGAGACCGCGGCCAGCUCUGUGCGCAGCGACCUCCAGCCUUACCUCCGGACCCUGCCAGUCACGGCCAGGAUAGAUGCCAUGGCUGGGAUCGAUUACUCCUUGGUGGCACCCCCAACGGCUACCGCCCAGUCCCUGGACGCGGACCUGAAGGGCGAAUUCUUCUCCCUGGCCCACCGCUCCGCCGUCCCCUUCCCUCCGCUGCCGCUGGCCUUCCCCCCGGACCACGACCGCAUGGUUUACUUCGGGGCCUCCAGCUACUUCUUCAACACCGCCGGCCUCGCCUACCACGCAGCCGGGGUGCUGGUCUUCGACAUCACGGACUCCAUGAUCCCAAAAGACGUUGAGUUCCACCUGAACACCUCCACCUUCUCAGCCUUUGUUCCCCAGCUAGAGGAGAUGUACCCAAACAUGCUGAUGAAGCUCAGGCUGUCCGCCCCCUCGGCCCCAUUCCUGAGCAUCGGACCAGAGGGACUCUCGCUCAAGCCUGUCGUGGAUAUCCAGGCUUACGCCAUCCUUCCCAGCUCCAGCCUGGCUCCCCUCUUCCUCCUCAGCCUGACAGGCAACGUGUCCGCCGUCAUCGACGUGAAAUCCGGCCACAUCGUCGGGAGCCUGAAGGUGGGCAGGAUGAAGCUCUCUUUGAAGCAUUCGGAUGUUGGUACUUUCCAGGUGCGAAUGCUGCAGUCCAUAAUGAACAUCUAUGCUUCCAGUAUCCUGCUCCCACGUGUUAAUGGCAGGUUAGGGCAGGGUUUCCCUCUGCCACUGCCCGACAGAAUACAGCUCUCCAACAUCCUCGUGAGGUUUCACCAG